AUGGAGUCGGAAACCCGUCUCUGGCGAUUCCAAAAGCCCGAAUGGCUCAAUAAUUCGACUAUCCGAACAGCCGGCGUCUACGUAUCUGGCGCAUUGUUCUCACUCGGCUUCUUCUUCCUCAUCGACGCUUCCGCCUUCAGCGCCAGUGACCGCAACGGCUCAAAUGUACAUGUGAAAUUCGUCGACUGGAUCCCCGGUAUUUGUUCUGCGCUGGGCAUGUUGGUCAUCAACUCCAUCGAAAAGUCGCGUUUGAGUGCCGAUAGUUUUAGUUACAGCGGUACUGGCGUGGCGUGGAAAGCGCGGUUUGUGCUGUUUUUGGGCUUUGCGUUGUUGGCUGGAGGGUUGGCGGGGAGUGUGACGGUCUUGGUUCUCAAAUACGUUAUGAAGAACUACCCAUUGCAGACGCUAUACUUCGGCAUCGCGAAUGUGGUUGCUAACGGCCUCGUUAUGCUCAGCUCUAUUGUCCUGUGGAUCUCCCAGAACAUCGAGGACGAUUAUACAUAUAACCUCGCCCUCUAA